CAACACUACAUGUGUGCGCCACUAGUGUUGUAUAACUCUAAAGUCAGCACAGUGGCGCUUUAAGCUGGCAAACGGUUAUUAGCCAAUACAACAACCAUUAUUGUUGCCAACCGUUAGAGACACAAAAAAAACCCGCAUCAUGCAGAAUCGUCAAAAUCCCAAUCGGGAUAUGAGUAUACCCAGUUUUACAUCCGCUUGCGGCUCUCGUCGCAUCUGUGAGAAAUCAAAAAUGCUUUAUAAUCGACCCAAACCGGAUGUUCUUCAAAGUAUUCUACAAUCGAAAGCGAAUCCAGAAUACAAAUCGCGUCGUCUUUGGUAUGAAUUGAAUAUGCCCGAAUGUGCCAGCCGUUUAUUGGAUGGCAAAAUGCUAUCCGAUCUGCCUGAGAAUAUACUCUAUUCGAAAAAGGCUCGCAAAGCCAAGCGCAAACAAGGAGCAGCCAAUUUGAACGACGAUCGCAAGGGUAAAGGCAAUUACAUGGUCAUGCGCAUGGAACGUGAACAUUUCCGAGCCAAAUUGGUCGAGCUAAUUCUUCAUAUGGAUGAUGAUCAGGAUGUUGAAGUGACCAGUCAGUGUGAAGUUCCGUUUCCCGAUAAGGACGAGAAGGAAACUUUGCGCUAUUAUUACUACAUUAAACAUGGGAUUGAUACCAUACACGUCUCAUCGCUAAACAAUAAAAUCCUAAAGAGGAUAACCAAUUUGGUGCCUGCAUUUCUGAACAAAUGGGAAGCAGCUUUGAGUGAAAAUAUUGCUGAAAUUCGAGCCGAUUAUGUAUUUGCCAUGAAGAAGGCCGUUGUGGAUUUUGUUUUGCGUAAUACCAAACUCGAUCACCUGACCAAAGAGGGUUCGAGUCACAAAAUCGAGACGCCUGCUCGAAAGGAAGUCGAACUACUCGCAAAUCAUUGGCGAUAUCGCUACGAUGAGAAUCGAAGUCGACUGAUGAAAACGCUUUUCUCCAUACACCGUAGUGUGGCUAGCAUAUUGGAGGUCUGGAGCAUGAAAUAUCUCAAUAAGACUUUGGUCAAUAUCGAAGAACUUAAGCAGGUUGAGCAACCAUUUGCCUUAUUCAAUUUUGUGUAUGUUUGCAGCUCUCAAAUAGAUGCUGGAAAAACUAUGUUGGAGGACACUUGGUAUGGUGAGAUUCAUACGACUUUAUUGAAGGCCAGUAGAAAAGGACAAUUACCGGAUAUACGUAGAGUUACAUUGGUGAAACGUUUCUUUAAUUGUGUUGCCGCUCUAAUGACUCAACAAUUGGAGGAUAUUUGUAUAAGAAGUUUAAAGGCAUUUGCAGAUUUUGUUUGUGAUUUUGGGCACUCUAAUCCUGGUUUUGAAAUCUCUGUAAUGCUUGGAGAAGAGGACACUAUUAGCUUUAUUCCGGGAUUUUCGAAAAUCCAAAGUGAACUAAUGCGUGUUAUCGAUUCCAUUGUUAUGGGUGUACAAAUGUUACCACGCAUUGAGGGCAAACUCUAUACGGAUUUGAAAAUUUCGAAUAAAAUAUUUCUAACACCCGCCGUACCUGAAUCCAUAGUGCAGGACACAAAAAAUCGUAUCUGUGCCAUGUUGGAAGAACAGCGCAUUGGACCCGAGUUACGUUUACAGGACUUCGAUGCCUUUAUUGAUCUAAUCAAUGGCAUUGAUGCCGAACGCGUUGCAUUUUUUAUGGAAAGUAAUGCCACAUUCGAGCAAUAUGCCGAAAUGGUCUAUGAAUAUCGAGAGAAGGAGGAUCGCAUAGCCAAAGAGGUGUGGGGUGUUAUACGUAUGGGUCUCUAUGAGUUUCAUCGAGAUAAAUUCAUUAAACAUUUGGAGACAUUGGCAAGACAAUUGCAAUACGAUCUACUAGCACGCAUGGUGGCCGAUCAACAAUCGAGAAUAUCACGUUUGGGUAAGGAAUAUGAUGCCAUAGCCAAAAAGGCGUUGACCAUACCCAAAGAUACGGCUGAGCUAAUGGAACUGAAGGCCUAUGUCGUACAUGCUGAAGAGAAUUUAGUACCCGAAAUGGAGGCACGUCUCAAAGUCAAUAUGGGUGAAAUUCUGUGGUUAAUGGAUCAUACAAUCUAUUCACCAUUGGAAAUUAAGAACAAUAGCAAUUCCUUUCAAUGGUAUUUACGUUUGCCUUCAGUAUUUGAACAGCAUCGUGCUAUUAUAGCUGAGAAGAUGAUUGAGUAUCAGGAAUUAUUGAAGAAACGCAUUGAACUGUUUCGUCGUGAGCUACAGAAUUAUUAUGAGCAAGUUCAGACCUAUGAUACUUGGGGCGAUAUCAAACAAUUGCAGAGAUAUAAGAAACGAGCCACAGUGCUCGAUCAGCGUCUAGUGCAGGCCAUGGAGACGAUCGAUCAGAUUAAUGAAGAGGAAACAGCCUAUGGUUGGGAUCUUUCACAGUAUCCGAUGCGUAAAAAGGCCCACGAUCAGUUGAAACCGUAUAAGAAUCUAUUCGAUGCUGGGCAAGAUUUUAUGGAUAAGUAUGACUUGUGGAUGCAUUCACAAGUUGGUAGCUUUGAUCCAGAUGAGAUUGAUCAAGAUGUUUCCAAUUUCUAUCGCAUUAUACAAAAAUUGGAAAAACAAAUGGGCGAUCAUCCGACAACAAUGCAAUUGAUUCUAGAUGUUAAAGAACAAAUCGAGGCAUUCCGCGAGCAUAUGCCAAUCAUUAACACUUUGGGUAAUCCGGGCAUGAAGGCUCGCCAUUGGGAACAAGUAUCCGAGAUAAUUGGUUUCCCUAUUAAAGUGUCACCUGAGUUGACUUUAGAGAAAAUUAUUGAAUAUCAAUUGGAUGAAUAUGUGCCCAAAUUUGAGGCCAUUUCGGAGAGUGCCACAAAGGAAAAUAAUUUGGAAAAGGCUAUGGCCAAAAUGGUCAACGAAUGGGAAGGUGUCGAAUUUACUAUCUCUCCCUACAGGGAUUCCGGUACUUUCAAACUGUCGGCUGUGGAUGACAUACAAAUACUGUUGGACGAUCAAAUCAUCAAGACUCAGACAAUGAAGAGUUCACCCUAUAUCAAACCGUUUGAAGCGGACAUACUCAAGUGGGAAGCCAAACUCAUGCUGUUGCAAGAGAUAUUAGAUGAAUGGUUACGAGUACAGGCCACCUGGAUGUAUUUGGAGCCCAUAUUCAGUAGCCCGGAUAUACAGCAACAAAUGCCCGAGGAGGGUCGUCGUUUCAGUGCUGUGGACAAGAUUUGGAAAGAGCUGAUGAAACAGGUGGCCUCAGAUCCACGUGUAAUGACUGUCGUGCAAAUCGAUAAAAUGAAUGACAAAUUGAAAAAGGCCUACAGCUUGCUGGAAAUCAUUCAAAAGGGUCUCAAUGCGUAUUUGGAAAAGAAACGUUUAUAUUUCCCACGUUUCUUCUUCUUGUCGAACGACGAGCUGCUGGAAAUUCUAUCGGAAACAAAGGAUCCGACCCGUGUGCAACCACAUUUGAAGAAAUGUUUCGAGGGCAUAGCCACAUUGAAUUUCACCGAGGAUCUCGAUGUGACCGCCAUGCGUUCAUCGGAACGUGAAGAAGUCGUUCUGGUUGAUGUGAUAUCAACGGCCAAAGCUCGUGGUCAAGUGGAGAAAUGGUUAUUGGAAUUGGAAAUUGAUAUGAAGAAAUCAAUUCAUCAUAAGAUAUCGGAAGCAUUCUAUAGUUAUAUGAAUAUGCAACGACACGUUUGGGUCUUAACAUGGCCAGGCCAGUGUGUUCAGUCAAUUUCAUUGACGUACUGGACUCUGGAGAUAACCGAAUGCUUUGAGAGUCCCACGCCUAAAGAAAAUCUAGCCAAAUAUCUACAGAAAUGCAUACAACAGAUUAAUAAGAUAGUCGAUCUAGUGCGUGGUGACUUGAAUGCUCAAAAUCGCAUAACCCUGGGUGCUCUGGUGGUCCUGGAUGUGCAUGCACGUGAUGUGCUUGCCGAAAUAGUCGCAAAGGAGGUCGAGGAUUUGCAAGAUUUCCAAUGGUUAUGCCAAUUGCGUUACUAUUGGGAGGAUAAUAAUCUAGAUACUCGCAUGAUCAAUUGUUCAUUGCCCUAUGGCUACGAGUAUUUGGGUAAUACCACUCGCUUGGUUGUCACUCCACUAACCGAUCGUUGUUAUCGCACUCUGUUUGCCGCCCUUAAUUUACAUUUGGGUGGUGCUCCGGAGGGACCAGCCGGCACUGGUAAGACAGAGACCACCAAAGAUUUGGCCAAGGCAGUGGCCAAACAAUGUGUUGUCUUCAAUUGUUCAGAUGGUUUGGAUUAUUUGGCUUUGGGUAAGUUCUUCAAGGGAUUAGCCUCAUGUGGAGCCUGGUCCUGUUUCGAUGAGUUCAAUCGCAUCGAUUUGGAGGUGUUAUCUGUGGUGGCACAACAAAUUAUGACCAUACAGAGAGGCAUUAAUUCGGGUAGUCCCACUUUGGUAUUCGAAGGCACCACCUUGACUUUGGAUCCCACUUGUGCAGUAUUUAUCACCAUGAAUCCUGGUUAUGCUGGGCGCUCAGAAUUGCCUGAUAAUCUCAAGGCCCUGUUCCGUUCUGUUGCUAUGAUGGUGCCGGAUUAUGCUCUUAUUUCUGAGAUUGAACUUUAUUCUUAUGGCUUCUUGACUGCUAAACCAUUGUCGGUAAAAAUUGUGGCCACAUAUCGCUUAUGUUCGGAACAAUUGAGCACACAAUGUCAUUAUGAUUAUGGCAUGAGAGCUGUCAAAUCGGUAUUGAAAGCAGCUGGCGCUCUAAAGCUGCGCUAUCGUGAUGAGAAUGAGGAUAUUCUUGUCUUACGUUCCAUUAAAGAUGUCAAUUUGCCCAAGUUUUUGAAUCAGGAUAUUCCUCUAUUCCAAGGUAUUACCUCGGAUCUGUUUCCGGGUGUCACUUUACCUGAAGCCGAUUAUGUGGUCUUUAACGAAUGCACUCGAUGGGCUUGUGAAAGGCAGAAUAAGCAAUGCACUCCGUUUGUGCUAGAGAAAGUCCAGCAGCUUUAUGAAAUGAUUGUGGUGCGACAUGGUCUUAUGCUUGUGGGUUAUCCAUUCGGUGGUAAAUCGACUACAUAUCGUAUACUGGCUGAGGCUCUUGAAUGCAUGGAAAAGAAGGAUGGCUCAGAGAAUCGCGCUAUUUAUACGGUUAUCAAUCCGAAGGCUAUUACCAUGGGACAACUUUAUGGACAAUUCGAUGCAGUUUCUCAUGAAUGGAGUGAUGGCAUUUUGGCGGUGAAUUAUCGUAUUUUCGCUGUAUCCGAUACACCAGAUCGAAAAUGGUUGAUAUUCGAUGGCCCCGUCGAUGCUAUAUGGAUUGAAAAUAUGAAUACUGUGCUGGAUGACAAUAAGAAAUUGUGUCUGAUGUCGGGAGAGAUAAUACAAUUGUCGAAUACAACGAAUUUGAUAUUCGAACCAAUGGACUUGGAGGUUGCCUCACCGGCCACAGUAUCGCGUUGUGGCAUGAUCUAUUUGGAACCCAGUUCCUUGGGCUGGGAACCAUUAGUGGCGUCGUGGAAGAAUACCUUACCCCCUGCCUUUCAUAGUGUCAGCAAACAAUUGAUCUCCACGAUGAUCGGUCGUUUCUGUCCAAUUCUAAUAUUUGUUGUGCGAAAGAGUUUGAAAGAGAUUUCCCCUACAUCGGAUGCCAAUUUAAUGGUUAGCCUAAUGAAUUUCUUUGAAUGCUUCAUCGAUGACUUUAAGGAUGAGAAAUAUGUGGCGAAUAUAUCCGAUUUGGAUUUCCGUGCACAAAUCGAAGGAAUAUUUUUAUUUUCAACCAUUUGGUCACUGGGUGGCUCGUUGGAUGCACCAAGUCGAGAGAAAUUCAAUAUCAUCUUUCGUGCUCUAAUGGAGAAGACGUUUCCCCCAGGUUUAUAUGAAACAUAUGGCAUACCCGAGGAUCUUCAUGUCGAUCUGCUGACAAAACCUUUUAUAUUUCCCAUCCCAAAGAAUGGUUCAGUAUUCGAUUAUCGUUAUAUUAAAGAGGGUAAAGGCAAGUGGAAGCCCUGGCAAGAUGAUGUUAAUUCAGCUCCAGCUAUUCCCCGAGAUAUACCAGUCAAUCAGAUCAUAAUACAGACCAACGAGAGUGUACGUAUUGCAGCCAUUCUGGAUCUUUUAGUUCGUCAUGGUAAACCGCUGAUGUUGGUGGGUCCAACGGGCACAGGAAAGAGUGUCUAUGUCAUCGAUUAUAUGCUGAAGCGCAUGGAUUUGAAUACAUAUAAGCCACUGCUCAUCAACUUCUCAGCCCAAACAUCGGCGAAUCAGACCCAGGACAUCAUAAUGUCCAAAUUGGAUAAACGACGAAAGGGUGUCUUUGGUCCACCAUUAAAUAAACGUUUUGUUAUUUUUGUCGAUGAUGUUUCCAUGCCAUUGAAGGAGAAUUAUGGAGCUCAACCACCAAUCGAAUUGCUACGUAUGAUGCUUGAUCAUAUGAUGUGGUAUGAUCGUAAGAAUAUAGUACCCAUGAAAUUGAUUGAUUUACAAAUGAUAACGGCUAUGGGUCCACCAUCUACCGGAAAUACUGUAACACCACGAUUCCAACGUUUCUUCAAUGUCGUAGCCAUAGAUGAUUUCAAUAAUGAGAUUAUGACUACGAUCUUUAGUAAGAUUGUCUUGUGGCACUUGGAUACGCGAGGCUUUUCGAAGGAGUUUGAUCCGUGUAUAGAUGAAAUAGUCGUUGCUACGCUUACCAUUUACAAUGAUGCCAAAUUGAAUCUUUUGCCCACACCAGCUAAGUCGCAUUAUCUGUUCAACUUGCGUGAUUUUUCGCGAGUAAUACAGGGUGUUUUACUGUCUGUGCCGGAGGCCACUGAAGAUAUGAAUUCGAUGCGUCGUUUGUGGGUUCACGAAGUGCUACGAGUCUAUGGUGAUCGCUUAGUUGAGGAUGGUGAUCGUAGUUGGCUUUUCGAAAACCUUUGUACAACUGUGCAGAAUGCUUUUAAUACCGAUCCAACGCGUCUUUUUAGCCGUCUGGUGGCCAAGGAUAAGAAACUGGAGGAAGCUGAUUUUCGUCAAUUGAUUUAUUGUGAUUUUACCAAUCCAAAGGCGGAUACCAAGAACUAUGUGGAAGUACAGGAUCUUGAAGAGUUGCGCAGUGUGGUUGAAGCAUAUUUGGUCGAAUAUAAUAAUAUGUCAAAGAAACCAAUGAAUUUAGUGCUUUUCCGCUUUGCCAUUGAACAUUUAUCGCGCAUAUGUCGCAUCAUAAAGCAGCCACGUAGUCAUGCUCUACUCAUUGGGGUCGGUGGCUCCGGACGUCAGAGCUUGACUCGUUUGGCUUCGCAUAUAUGCGACUAUGAGCUAUUUCAAGUGGAAAUAACACGAACGUAUGGUCCCUACGAGUAUCAUGAGGAUAUUAAAAUGAUAUUACGCAAAAUUGGGGCAUCUGAAAUGCAUGGAGUGUUUCUCUUUACGGACGUACAGAUAAAAGAUGAAUCAUUCCUGGAGGAUAUUAACAAUUUACUUAAUUCCGGUGAGGUGCCCAAUCUGUUUAGCAAUGAGGAGAAAAUCGAAGUAGUAGAAAAAAUGGCACAAAUUGAUAAGCAACGUGAUAAGGCAGUGCAAACUGAUGGCAGUCCAGUGGCUCUAUUCAAUUUCUUUGUUACGACUUGCAAAGAUCAACUUCACAUUGUGUUGGCCAUGUCACCCAUUGGCGAGGCCUUGCGUAAUCGCAUACGUAAAUUUCCAUCAAUUGUCAAUUGUUGCACAAUCGAUUGGUUCCAAUCAUGGCCCGAAGAUGCUCUCUUGGCGGUCUCCACACGUUUCUUGGCCACCGAAGAUCUCACGGAUUUGGAACGUUCAACAGCUAUUGAUAUGUGCAUGGAGUUUCAUACAUCAACACAAAGUUUAUCUGAGAAAUUCUUUUCGAGAUUGCAUCGUUAUAAUUAUGUGACACCAACUUCGUAUUUGGAAUUGAUACAGACAUUCAAAGGUUUGCUAUCUCAAAAGAGAAAGAACAUAACCACAAAUCGUAAUCGCUAUUUGACUGGCAUCUCCCAAUUGGAUAUUGCUGCACAGCAGGUGGGCGUUAUGCAGGAACAAUUACAGGCCUUGGAGCCCAAAUUGAAGGAGGCCUCGGAAAUUGUGGCCGAACAGGUGGCCAAAGUUACAGCAGAUAGUAAAAUUGCCGAAGAGCAGAGGGAAGUUGUCAAACAGGAUGAGGAGGCGGCCAAAGAGCAGGCAGCCGUAGCUCAAGAGAUUAAAGAUGAAUGCGAUGCUAAAUUGGGUGAAGCUUUGCCCAUUUUGGAUUCAGCAUUGGCCGCUUUGAAUACGCUUACCACAGCGGAUAUUGCUGUCGUCAAGACCAUGAAGAGUCCACCGAUUGGUGUGCGCAUCGUCAUGGAGGCCGUUUGCAUUUUGAAGGAUGUCAAACCCGAUAAAGUACCAAAUCCCAGUGGUGUCGGCACCGUGGAGGACUAUUGGGGUCCCUCUAAACGUGUCCUAAGUGAUAUGAAAUUUUUGGAUAGUCUUUUGAAUUUCGAUAAGGAUAAUAUUCCGCCGGAGGUGAUGAAGAAAUUGGCUCAACGCAUAUUGAAUAAUGAGGCCUUUGAUCCGGAUAAAAUUAAGACAGCUUCUACGGCUUGUGAAGGUUUAUGUCGCUGGGUUAUUGCCCUCUCGAAAUAUGAUGUUGUUGCCAAGGUUGUGGCACCCAAGAAAAUUGCAUUGGCCGAGGCGGAGGCCACAUAUAAUUCUGCAAUGAAAACGCUAAAUGAAAAGUUGGCUCAAUUGGCACGAGUUGAGGCUAACUUGGCUGCUAUACAAAAGAUUUUGGAUGAACAGUUGAGACAAUAUGGCAUUCUCUUGGCUGAACACGAGGCCUGUACGAAAAAGUUACAACGCGCCCAGGAACUCAUCUCUGGGUUGGGCGGCGAACGCACACGUUGGUCGGAAACGGCUAAAAUGCUUCAGGGCAGCUUUAAGAGUGUGACCGGUGAUGUUUUAAUCUCAUCUGGUGUCGUUGCCUAUUUGGGUCCCUUCACCAUUGAUUUUCGCGUGGAUCAAAUUCGCAAAUGGGUGGUCAAGUGUAACAAUUAUGGUGUAACUUGCACACCUGAUUUCCAAUUGGCCAUCGUCUUGGGUGAACCUGUUGAGAUACGUUUUUGGAAUAUAUGCGGAUUGCCAACGGAUGCAUUCUCCGUUGAGAGUGCCAUUAUGAUGAAAAAUGCUCGUCGUUGGCCUCUAAUGAUAGACCCACAGGGUCAGGCAAAUAAAUGGAUUAAAAACUAUGAGAAAAAUAAUAAACUAUGUGUAAUACGAUUGAACCAGGCCGAUUAUACCCGAGUUCUGGAGAAUGCUAUACAAUUUGGUUUACCGGUUCUAUUGGAAAAUAUUGGCGAAGAAUUGGAUCCCAUAUUGGAGUCCAUAUUGCUGAAGCAAUUGUUUAAACAGGGUGGCACUUUGUGCAUUAAAUUGGGCGAUUCGGUUAUUGAAUAUAAUCACAGUUUCCGUUUCUAUAUGACCACCAAAUUGCGUAAUCCUCAUUAUCUACCAGAAGUUGCUGUCAAAGUGACAUUAUUGAACUUUAUGAUCACCACUCAGGGUCUGCAGGAUCAAUUGCUGGGCAUUACAGUGGCUCGAGAACGUCCCGAUUUGGAGGCUGAGAAGAAUAAUUUAAUUGUCCAGGGAGCUGAAAAUAAACGCAUGUUAAAGGAGACUGAAGAUCAAAUAUUGGAAGUUCUUUCAUCAGCUGAAAAUAUAUUGGAGGAUGAAACUGCAGUACAAAUACUGAGUUCAGCCAAAGCUUUGGCCAAUGAUAUCAGUGAGAAACAGGUUAUAACCGAGGCCACAGAAAAACAAAUUGAUAUAGCACGUUUGAGUUAUGUGCCAAUUGCGGAGCACUCAACCAUUUUAUUCUUUACCAUUGUUGAAUUGGCCAACAUUGAUCCCAUGUAUCAGUACAGUUUGGUUUGGUUUGUCAAUUUGUAUAUGGCUUCCAUUGAUAAUACGGAGAAAGUUGAUGAUAUUGCGACACGUUUAAGCAUUUUACGUACACAUUUUACCUAUAGCCUCUAUGUCAACAUCUGUCGCAGUCUCUUCGAGCGUGAUAAACUCUUGUUCUCUCUAAUAUUGAACAUCAACCUGAUGAAGCACGACAACUUGAUUGACAAUGCCGAAUGGAUGUUUCUACUAACCGGGGGCAUUGGCCUCGAGAAUCCGCAUAAGAAUCCAACUACAUGGCUGGGUAUACAGAAUUGGGAUGAAGUGUGUCGUCUAACCAAUUUGACAAAUUUCAAAGGACUGCGAGAGGAUAUGAGUGCGAAUGCGGCCAAUUGGAAAAUGUAUUUUGAUUCGAAAACACCGCAGGAUAAUCAAAGUAUACCCAAGGAAUGGACGAAACGUUUGUCCGUAUUUCAAAAAUUGUUGCUUUUACGUUGCUUUAGACCGGAUAAACUGGUGCCGGCUGUACUUAAUUUUGUAUCCGGUGAAUUGGGACCCAAUUUUGUUGACCCACCGCAAUUCGAUUUGAAUGCAUCGUUCGCUGAUUCGCACUGUUGUGUCCCUUUGAUAUUUAUAUUGACACCGGGUUCAGAUCCAACGGCAACUCUCUUGAAAUUUGCCGAAGAUCAGGGCUUUGGCACAAAUCGUUUAUUCUCAUUGUCAUUGGGUCAGGGUCAGGGGCCAAUUGCCAUGAAAAUGAUCGAUGAGGGUGUUAAAUUGGGUAAUUGGGUUGUAUUACAAAAUUGCCAUUUGGCCGCAAGUUUUAUGCCAUCAUUGGAAAAGAUAUGUGAGAAUCUAUUACCCGAUUCAACCCAUCCAGAUUUUCGUCUAUGGCUGACAUCAUAUCCCGCAGAACAUUUCCCUGUGGUGGUUCUACAAAAUGGUAUUAAAAUGACCAAUGAACCUCCAAAGGGAUUGCGUUCGAAUAUUUUGCGUUCAAUGUUAAGUGAUCCGAUCAGUGAUCCCGAGUGGUAUGAGUCCUGUACACAGCCUCGUGUGUUUAAGCAAUUGAUCUAUUCGUUGUGCUUUUUCCAUGCUGUGAUACAAGAACGUCGUUAUUUCGGUCCAAUCGGUUGGAAUAUUCCCUAUGAGUUUAACGAAACCGAUUUACGUAUCUCCCUAAUGCAAUUGCGCAUGUUCCUGAAUCAAUAUGAAACGGUUAAUUAUGAUGCAUUACGUUAUCUAACCGGUGAAUGUAAUUACGGUGGUCGCGUUACCGAUGACUGGGAUCGCCGUUCUUUAAAAACUAUUCUCGAUCAGUAUUAUUGUCCCGAGAUUAUCGAUAUAGAAAAACCAUACUUUUUGGAUGAAUCCGAAUUGUAUUAUGUGCCAGUGUUUAAAGAGGUUGACUUGUAUCUAAAUUAUACCCGUGAGUUACCCCAAAUAUCAGCGCCAGCUAUAUUUGGUUUUCAUGCCAAUGCCGAUAUUAUGAAGGAUCAAAAGGAAACCGAUAUGCUGCUAUCCCAUACACUGUUGACACAGGAUACAAGUGCCUCGCACGAUGAUAGCGAAGGCUCAAAGGCUCUUACACCCGAAGAGGUUGUGACAAAUGUCGCCACAGAUAUAUUGGAUAAAUUACCCAAGUUAUUUGAUCGUGAUGCUGUAUUAUUGAAAUACCCCACGAUCUAUCAUCAGAGUAUGAAUACUGUUUUGGUGCAGGAAAUGGUUCGUUUUAAUGUUUUGCUAUCGACAAUUAAGAAUAGUCUAAUCACAUUAAAGAAAGGCAUUAAGGGUCUGGUUGUGAUGUCUGCUGCUGUGGAGGCUGUUUACAAGUCCGUUUUGAUAGCGAAAAUUCCACAAAUGUGGGCUAGCAAAUCGUAUCCAAGUCUCAAGCCCCUUGGAAGUUAUGUGACGGAUUUUCUGCGGCGUUUGGAAUUUUUGCAGCGCUGGUAUGAACAAGGAGCACCAUCGACAUUCUGGCUUUCGGGUUUCUUCUUUACUCAGGCCUUUCUAACGGGCGCACAACAGAAUUACGCACGAAAAUAUGUUAUAUCUAUUGAUCUACUUGCUUUUGAUUAUGAAGUCCUUUCGGUGGAGGAAAAUCAGGCCGCUGGAAUUACGGCCCCUGCCGACGGUGUCUAUGUAUACGGCAUUUUCCUUGAAGGUGCGCGUUGGGAUCGUCAAUCAAAGUAUUUGGCUGAAUCUCGUCCAAGAGAACUAUUUGACACCAUGCCCUUGAUAUGGCUUAAGCCAAUUAAACGCAGCGAUAUGCCCGAACGUCACAAUUAUAUAUGUCCGUUGUAUAAAACAGCCGAAAGACGUGGCGUCCUCUCGACCACGGGACAUAGUACCAAUUUCGUGGUCGCCAUGCUACUAAAGUGCAAUCCAAAUACUCCAACAUCCCACUGGAUUAUACGUGGCACAGCAUUGUUGUGUCAAUUGAGUUUCUAAUAUGAGAAUAGCAGUCGACAUUUAUGUCAAGUUUUAAAAGUGUAUAUUUUUUACGAGUCUAAAAUCUGAGAGUGUUUUGGAAAUUCAUUCUGACGAUCGUACACAAAAGUGAUCAAUAAAUAACUAGGUUAUACGAAA